CCUAUCACCGGCAUGCAUAGCAUAUCGAGUGGAUGCUGGGAGCUCUGAGAGAUGCUGGGUUCAAAGUCGCACUCGAAAAAAGCAAGUUUUUCCUCUCGGAAAUUUCGUUCUUGGGUUACGUGGUGACACGUGGAGGACUGCGGCCAGAUUCGAGGAAAGUCGCGGCGGUGAAAGAUGCUCCUAUUCCCACGUCAUUGACGCAAGUUCGAGCUUUCCUGGGACUAGCAUCGUACUACCGUCAUUUUAUCAAAGGCUUCGCCGCGAUUGCACGACCUCUAACAAACCUACUACAAAGGGACCAGCCCCUCAACUGGGACGCAGAGUACGAACAGGCCUUCGCCACCCUCAAGGACGCCUUGGUGACGACACCUAUUUUGAUCCGGUUGGACCCUACGAAGCAGUUCAUUCUUAUCACGGGCUGGCAGCCAGAAGCGAUCUCCUCUAUUUUAGCGCAGAAAGGGUACGACGGCCGAGAACACGUCAUCGAGUACGCGUUACGCACAGUGCCAGACGAGCGGAGGAACGAUUCGGCCCCACAGGGCGAAUGUUACACAGUGGUCUGGGGGAUUCAACACUUCCAUUCGUACUUGUACGGACAUAAAUUCCUCCUUGUAACCGAUCACGAGCCAUUACUGGCUCUCAAGAAGCUCACUAAUUACACGGGUAUGAUUGGACGGUGGGCGGUGCGCCUACAGGAAUACGACUUCGACAUCAUCCAUCGAAAGACGGAGAGGCACGUCAACGCGGACGGCUUGUCACGUCUGCAUCGCCCCGCUAAGUUGACGUGGACGCAGGACAUCGAGCACCGCGCCUGGAUAGAAUAUGCGGAGCAGCUGAUCGUCCAAGCCUGGAGGACGGAGGUAGAGGGGGACCUUCUCAGAUUUCUGUUCGGAUCGGUGCGGCCCGGCCAUCGCCAGCUGAUCGUGCGGGAACUCACACUCACCCUCGCGCAACUGGUCGAUGAUCUUUCCCUCGACAUCAUCUCGCAGUGUGACGAAAGCCCGGUCCCGUACGUCCUUUCGCGGACGCUGACACCCUAUCUGCAGUGGUCGGCUUAUCUUGAAGAGCAGGGAGGGAACAUCAACCCGCCAUCGCAAGCCGAGUACCUGGACCCGCGAAGGAUUCACAUCUCCUUCUUCCAGCCUUACAUGACCCCCGAAGACGAAGUACUAACGUUGGAGGAGGAAGAAGAAGAGAACGACGAAGAGGAGGAGGAAGAAGAAGAGAACGCAGAGGACGACGAGGAAGGAGAAAAAGAAACCCAAGAAGAAGGGAGUUACAACGAGCAUAGCGAGGGAGAGCAGAGCGAAGAAGAAGAAGAAAAGGACGAGGAGCAAGAGGAGUCUGAGUGGGAAAAUUUGGGCGAGGAGGCGAGCCGCACAAAGGUCUAGGAGGAAGAUCCAAAGGCGACGGCGCGGCGCAGAGAAGAGAUCGCGGCCGGUAAGCAGCCGCUAGAGUACGA